AACAAGGGUAAACCUAAUUUAAACCCUUUACCCCAAACAUCAAAACACAUGGUCACACCGGACCGUCGGGAUUGCUCCAACAUGAACGGCCAUAAUAUUUGCAAUGGGCACAGUUAGUAAAGAUAGUUAUUCGUGGCAGAGGGAUGUUGGGUUAUCUUACGGGUGACUCUUCUUAGCCCCAUCAAGUAUCUCUAGUUCAAGACAGCUAAGGAGGUGUGGGGCGCGGCUCGGAAGAUGUAUUCUGAUCUCGGCAGUAUUUCUCAGAUUUUUUAGUUACAAUCAAAGUUGAAAGAUUUGAACAAGGUUCAAAUUUGGUGACACAAUACUUCUCUAAUAUUCAAGAUCUUUGGUAAGAACUUGAUCUAUUGUUUGAAAAAGAUUUGUGCAUUGACUAUAGUGUCAAAAUUCACCGCAAUAUUGAAAAGGAGCAUGUGUUUGAUUUUUUGGUGGGUCUUAAUCAUAAUUUGGAUGGGAUACGUGGUUGUAUUGUUGCACAUGACCCAUUUCUCUUGAAGAAGCCUUCACGGAAGUCAGCCAGGAAGAAGCUUGUCGCAAGACUAUGCUUAUUGAUGAGCUAAGCCACUCCAAGGAUAAAUAUUGGGAAAUAUAUGGGAAACCAUCAAACUGGCAAUCACGGAAAAAAAAAUGAAGGUCGUGGAUUUCAAACUCAAUCGAGCCAAGAAAACCUGUUGUCUCCGGAUCCUGCUCCCUUCACCAAAGAACAGAUUGAACAAUAUUAUAAAUUCUUCAACUAAAUGACCCUCAUUGAUUCUGGGCCUCUGCCAUAUGACAGAGAAGCACAAGUUAUUGGAGAUUUUAAUGGUUGGGAUGGGUCCAACCACAAAAUGGAAAGAAACGAAUUUGGGAUAUGGACAAUUAGAAUUCCAGACUCUGGAGGCAUCCCAUCCAUUCCACACAAUUCCAGAAUCAAAUUUCGGUUCAAACAUGGCAAUGGGGUUUGGGUUGACAGGAUUCCAGCAUGGAUUAGAUUUGCUACUCUUGACCCUACUAGGUUUGCUGCUCCUUAUGAUGGGGUUUAUUGGGAUCCACCACCUUCAGAAAGGUAUGUAUUCAAGCAUCCUCGACCUCCAAAACCUGCUGCUCCAAGGAUCUACGAAGCUCAUGUUGGGAUGAGUGGCCCUGAACCACGUGUAAGCACUUACAGGGAAUUUGCGGAUAAUGCCUUACCUCGUAUUCGAGCAAAUAAUUAUAACAUGGUUCAGUUAAUGGCUAUCAUGGAACACUCUUACUAUGGAUCUUUUGGUUACCAUGUUACCAACUUUUUUGCUGUAAGUAGUAGAUCUGGGACACCAGAGGAUCUCAAGUAUCUUAUAGACAAAGCCCAUGGUUUAGGAAUACGAGUUCUGAUGGAUGUCGUUCACAGCCAUGCUAGCAACAAUGUCACAGAUGGUCUUAAUGGGUUUGAUGUUGGACAAAGCACUCAAGAAUCAUACUUCCAUACUGGAGAAAGGGGUUAUCAUAAGCUAUGGGAUAGCCGAUUAUUUAACUAUGCUAAUUGGGAAGUUCUACGCUUUCUUUUAUCAAACUUAAGAUGGUGGUUGGAUGAGUUCAGGUUUGAUGGCUUCCGAUUUGAUGGUGUGACUUCAAUGCUCUACCAUCAUCAUGGAAUUAACAUGGCAUUCACUGGAAACUACAGUGAGUAUUUCAGUGAGGCUACCGAUGUGGAUGCGGUUGUUUACAUGAUGCUUGCAAACCGCUUGGUGCACAAGGUUUUGCCAGAUGCCACUAUUGUUGCCGAAGAUGUUUCUGGUAUGCCAGCUCUAUGUCUACCGGUCUACGAAGGUGGAGUAGGUUUUGACUAUCGUUUGGCCAUGGCAAUCCCUGACAAGUGGAUCGAUUACUUGAAGAAUAAAAUAGAUAUUAAAUGGUCAAUGAAAGACAUUGCUUGGAGCUUAACAAACAGGCGAUAUACUGAAAAGUGCAUAGCAUAUGCAGAGAGUCAUGAUCAGGCCAUUGUGGGGGACAAAACAAUUUCCUUCCUUCUAAUGGACAAGGAGAUGUAUUCAGGCAUGUCCAAUUUGAAACCUGCUUCGCCUCUCAUUGAUCGAGGAAUUUCACUACACAAGAUGAUUCACUUCAUAACUAUGGCGCUGGGUGGUGAAGGCUACCUAAAUUUCAUGGGAAAUGAGUUUGGCCAUCCGGAAUGGAUUGACUUCCCAAGGGAAGGCAAUGGUUGGAGCUAUGAUAAGUGUAGACGCCAGUGGAACCUUGUGGACACUGAUCACCUAAGAUACAAGCACAUGAAUGCCUUUGAUAGAGCAAUGAAUUUGCUUGAUGAUAGAUUUCACUUCCUUGCAUCAACAAAGCAGAUUGUGAGUAGCACAUCUGAAGAAGAUAAGGUUAUCGUUUUUGAGCGUGGAGAUUUGGUUUUUGUGUUCAAUUUCCAUCCAGAGAACACCUAUAGCGGAUAUAAGGUUGGCUGUGAUUUGCCGGGGAAAUACAGGGUCGCACUCGAUAGUGAUGCUCCGGAAUUUGGCGGACAUGGACAAGUUGGCCAUGAUGUAGACCAUUUUACAACUCCUGAAGGAAUUCCAGGAGUCCCCGAAACAAACUUCAACAACCGUCCCAACUCGUUCCAAAUCCUAUCCCCUGCCCGCACUUGCACGGUUUAUUACAAAGUUGAUGAAACUGCUGAGCAACCCGGUGAAGAAACAGCCAUAACUGAAACAACGGUGUCAGGGAUUCUGGAUCAAUCCGAAGCUUAUGAAACCACUGAAAUCCUCCUAGGUGAAGAAACAACUGAAAUAGCAACGUUGGCCCUGGAUGAUUCGAAGAUUGAUGAGACUGCUGAAUUGUCGAGUGACAACAGACCAACAGAGGAUUCUCUUGAUCAAGCUCCUUUAGAAGAUCGUUCAGGUGAAAUUAGAGAUUGAGCAUCAAACAGACAAGGAAAACUCUCUUCCUAAUUAUCUUGGUUGAAAAAGAAAAAUGCUCUGUUAAAGGACAUUUAACAUAUGAAAAAAAAUAUGGGUAAAUGUACAUAGAUCUAUUAGAGAUGGCCUGUUUUUUAAGGCCGUGGUUGACAGGAGGAGAAAAGUGAGAAAGAAAGAAAAUCCUUCAUUUUGGGGGAAUCAUCGAGGGAAAUGAAAAACUUCUAAAUUUAAGUCUCCCUGUUUGAAAUUGCUUAAUUAAAACUCCUCUCAUCUAUUGUAUAAAAUAUUGUUUGUCCUUUCAUCAAAAUGUUUUAUAUUAAAA